AUUUCAAGCAGCAUCAGUUACCGUGCGACAUGACAGCAGAAACGUUACUCGUGGGUAAUUCGUCGGUACGGAAUGGUGAUGAGCUAACAAGAGGGGGCAGUAUAGCUAGCAGUAGUACGUCAAGUAAUAGUACAAGGAGCAAAGGCUCAAAACACAGACCGAACGUACUCACAUCAGGUCUAGUAUCGCCCGCCGAACCCGAAGCGCGCAUUUCGGAGGAGAGCUUUGAACUCGGUCAUUCCAGGUCGUCGAGCUAUAACUCGCAGCAAUCGAGGGCGAGCGGGUACAGCAGCGCGCACUCUGCGUCAUCGGGAGGCUUCACCACGGAGCACUUCUCCAGCGCUACCAGUCUGACAGAUCUACCGGAGAAAGAACAGAUGAAGGAUGCCUGGAGAGGGACAGGAACCAAUGAAAGGAGAAGGAAACACGCCGAAGCAGAGGAGUCCCAGAGACGAUUAGAUAACACGAGAGUGGACGCAGAUGAAGUUAUCCAAGGUAUCAUCAACCAGCAGGACUUCCAAGCAGAUGAGAUGUCAGGUGAGGAGGGGCUGCAGCUUUAUAUUGCAAGAGAUGGUUCAACAGCACUAGGGAGUCAACAAUUAAAAAACAGAAUGUCAGCAGGUACUUUUGAGCCCGUCGUGAUAGACCAGAGAUAAUGCUGCCUCCUGAUUGGUGCACGUACACCUGUACUCUGCUGUAAUUGGCCCUUUCAAACGUGGACAUCUACUCGUGAGGGGGCGGAGCCAUCUAUCACCUUACUCGAGGUUGCUACAUCUGUCUCUCUGUUUCCUUGAAAAUCAUCAAUCGUCACCAGUAAUGUUCUUUGUAAAAGUUGGCUUUUGUUUGCCGGGUGAGCGGACGGGAUCUAAUCUCUACAGCCACAUCAAAUUGGCAAUCAUUAAUUGAGUGUGGCUUUGCAACCAUUUGAAUCAUUUGAUGAAGUACUGUGAUUUAUGAGAUUUAAUUUCAGAUGAGAUGUCAAAGGUCACCUCUAAGAAGACGAGAGUGACAAGGAUGUUAGAAGUUCAGAAGGACCACACAAUGCUUUCAUGACGAACAGUGCAAGACUCUUUAUAGUAUUCUAAUCAUUGUGUAUGGAGAUGCCCAUGUUCAGUCGCGUUAACCAGUUGGCUACAGGACAAGCAUGUUCCCUGUACAAAGUCGGCGGGAUUUACAGAUUACAGUAGUCAACGGGUCCUCUUCAAGUCUCGCGUUCUCCAAUUUAGUGAUGCUUAAGUGCUAUAAAGCUUUCUAUUAGCAAAACCAAAUCCAGUGAAGGACAUAGGUGGAUAAUUCUAUAUGGUCUUAAGUGAUCAUCCUGGUUUUAGCAUGAUUGUCCUGUAAGACCAUGAAUGGCUCUAUCAUUUCCUGAUAGAGAGACCUAACUCCAACCAGUGAAAUUAUUGUGGAAAUUACAAAAAGAUAGUAGUUUUCAUGUUACCUGUAAUUUUAGCUGCCGUGAGCAAUGCAAUGCAAUGCACCUAAAUCAAGUAAAUAAAAGCCAUAAAAGGAUCCCUAUGUAUUAGGAGUAAAAAAAAGUGCUUUUCAAUUAUAUCUUAUAAUUUUUUGCUUUUUAAGAAAAGGAAUCAAUGAUCUAUUUUCAAUGAAAUAGUUCCUUAUUAAAAAGUUAUUUCAAUCAGACAUUUAUAUGAUAAAUCAUAGAUUAAAUUCAUGUGGUGAUAUCAGUUUGGAGUUCACUUUUAUUCUCUUUUUUUUGUCACCACUUUGGGAUAUUAAUAAAUUUCAUUUUAUAUCCUCUUGAUUCUGUACUAAAAAAAUGGUGCUGAGCUCCGUUGCUUAAUUUUUCUUGCACCAAGUAGUAUGAACAAGCCAGGACCUUACUCUAUAUACAGUAAACACCCAUUCUGUGAACAGUAUAGAAUAUGUCGAUGUCCUACAAUAUGGAAUUAUGGAUGAAAUCUCGAGUGUGAAAUAUGUGAAUUGUCUGUUUAAGUGGGUCUACUGCAAUGUUUCAUGUUACUCCUGCAUUGCAAUAAGAAUCUAGAUAUUUGGUUCUUAUGAAGGAAAAUUGUUAAAAUUUAUCAUAUAUCUUCAAUUUCCCAUCAUGCUUUCUUCUAUGUAUGCAGCCGUACAUUUUAGGGUCCUUAUGCUGUCAAUGAUGUUAUGUAUUCAGUUUCCUACUAUCUCAUAUACGAGGAUUGUUAUAUGUAUACUUUGUUUAUUCUACUGAUAAUCUGAUUAUCCCACUAAUCUCGCUUCCCAUCUGCUCGGAUUUGAUUCCUACCCAUAAUCCAUUUGAAGCUUAAAUAAUCCCCAACAUUUAUUAUAAUCUUCUUUUCAUACUAGUACCGGUAAUUGUAUGGUAAUCAUAAGUGAAGCAGCAAAAAAAACAAAAACAAAUUUUCAAAAGGUGUUGUACUAAACAAUGCUUUUUUUCCUCUCCAGUUGUAAGGGAAUUCCUAUUAAGGGAAGGGAUGUAAUAAGAAUUAUGAGCAUUUAAAUUAUUGGCAUAUAAUGUUGGAAAAGUAUUAUAUAUUGGUAGUAAAAAGAUUGCUUAUCAGCUCCCUUCCUGAUCACGUGCAAGCUACGGCACUAAA